AUGACAGCAACCCAAAAUCAGGCGAUCAAUCGCCCUUCCAAUCAGGCUGCCUGGAUACUCACCCCCAAAGCCAAACCGUUCAUCGUUCAGGAGGCACCUUAUCCUCUUCCCAGCCCGAAUGAAGUCGUGGUGAAGAACUAUGCGGUUGCAAUUAACCCGUGCGACUACAUGCUUCAAGAUACUGCCUUCUUGGACUAUAUCACAUACCCCAACAUCUUUGGCGUCGAUGUGGCAGGUGAAGUGGUGGAAGUUGGGUCGGAUGUCACAGAUCUGACAGUUGGCCAGCGAGUGAUUGGACAUGCAUUUGGCAUGGAUAGUUCUCAGACUCGCCAUGCCGGAUUUCAGCAUUACACCGCUCUACUGUCGAGCUUGACGUGCCCAUUGCCUGCCGAUAUCUCGUUCGCCCAAGGUAGCGUUCUCCCAUGUGCGCUGUCCACUGCCGCCGCUGGCCUAUACCAAGAAGAGGACCUUCAUCUCCAACUCCCGUCCCUCGAUGUCAAGCCUACUGGCAAAGCUCUCUUGAUAUGGGGCGGGGCGUCCAGUGUAGGCAGUUGUGCCAUUCAACUGGCGAAAUCAUCAGGCUACGAUGUUGUGACCACUGCCAGUCCUCAACACCAUGAAAAAUGUCUUCGCCUUGGUGCGUCCAAAGUAUUCGAUUAUCGGAGCGACUCAGUGAGAAUUGAAGUCAUCCAGGCUCUGAGUGACACGCACAUUGUCGGUGUUUUUGAUUCUAUAUCCAAGCAACCAACCGUGCAGGUGUGCGUGGACAUUGUGCAUGCCUUGAAUCAGAAGGUUAAAAUUAUUACGACAAAUCCAGUGCCAGAAAUGACGCUCCAGGGCGUUGAGGUGAAAGCUGUGCUAGCCGGAACCAUCAUCGAGAACAAGGUUUGCAAAGCCAUUUACCGAGACUUUUUGCCCGAGGCAUUAGAGAAAAAGGUUUUCCAACCCGCUCCAGAGCCGCUGUUGGUUGGCCAUGGUUUGAAGUCAAUUCAACUGGCACUGGACAGAGUGCGAGAAGGCAUGAGUGCCCAGAAGGCUGUAGUAUCGUUGGAAUGA